UGCCCGCCGCGAUCGACGUAGGAGGAGAGGGAGGUGUUAGCAGGCUUAUUCGAUCGGCUCGCGCCAUUGCACCGCAGCAGCGUUCGGCGGCAUGUCGUCGUCGCCGGAGACAGAGGCCGCCGGGAGCAGCAGCAGCAGCAGGAAGUUCAAGGGCGUGCGGAAGCGCAAGUGGGGCAAGUGGGUGUCUGAGAUCCGGCUACCCAACAGCCGCGAGCGUAUCUGGCUGGGCUCCUACGACGCCCCCGACAAGGCCGCGCGCGCCUUCGACGCCGCCUUCGUCUGCCUCCGCGGCCGCGGCGCCGCCGGCGCGGACCUCAACUUCCCGGACUCGCCGCCGCCGUGCCGCGCGGGGGGGUGCAGCAGCGACCCGCGGGAGGUGCAGGCGGCCGCGCUCUCCCACGCCAACCGCGCCGCCGUCACGGCCCAGCAGGCGGCCGCCGCGCUCACCAUGGACGGCGGCGGCGCCGAUGGCUCGGCGCCGCCAUGGGACUACUACUACUACUACUCCGUGGCGCACGACGCGGGCGGCGUCCUUGGUGGCGCUGCAGCUACCAGCAGCACGGCGGAGGUGGUGGCGCCCGUGCGCGCCGACGGGAGCAUCGACUGGCGGCCCGUUAUGGCGCACCCGCCGCCGCUCUUCUCCCCUACCGGCUGGGGCAGCAAUGCGUACGACUUCCUGCAGGUGCCACCGCCGCCGGCGGCUGUGGCCGACGAGGACAUGCUUGAUGACGGUGUCCAUGGCGCAACCGCUUCUCUCUGGAGCUUCGACUCGAGAGACUCCUACUUCAGAUACUAGCAAAAGCAGGCUACAUCAAUAAUAAUAAUAAAUCCUUCAUGCAUGCUGAUGCUGUACAAGAUGCAUGGUGGUGCCAUGGCGGCGCACGCACAGGCACAGCUACCUCCAUGCAUCCUGCAUUGCUACACAGCCGGCCGGCAUUAUUAAUUAGAUGCAUGCAUGCAUGCUCACUACUCAAGUAGAUCAUGUCGAGCAUAUGUGAUCAUUAACCCUAGCUGUUUAACGGAAUUUUGGGGGAUAACGAAUGGAUAUGCAUGUAAGUAGAAUUCAUCAAGAAUGAGAUAGAGCGUAGAAUAUAUGAAAAAAGAGAAAAAUGUUUAUGUGUAAUAAUGAAUAGCACCCCUUUCAUUAACCUUGUUUGAGGGGCGCUAGAAAAGGUUGUGAUUUUAUGUCAUUAUCUGGCGAGGUCUUUUACA